AUGAAGGCUUCAAUGAUUUAUCAUCAUUUUUUUCUGUUUCUGUUGGUAUUACUCUGUGUUUCACCAAGAUGCCAGUCAUGGGGUUGGUUCUCUUCUUCUGCAGAAACUCAUUCUAAUAAAAAGGCGAUUCGCCAUGCGUCAGUGGCUGAAUUCUCGGUGGAUGGUCUAAACGAUGAGAAGGGAAUCAGGCUGCUCGAAGAUGCUAAGAAUAAGUUGGUUGGGUCAAAUUCUUGCUGGAAGAAUGCUUAUAGACAUCUCUUUGCUGGGUGCAAAGAGAUCAUUGCUACAGAUGAGAAGCGUUCAAGAUUUGCAUGGCAUCUAAGUGGACUGCUUUCAAAGAGAUUCUGGAAGGCCCCUUUUCCGUUUUGUGACACAAAAUCUGCUAUGGUUUAUUGCCUAAAAAAUUUAAACGACUUGGAACACAAGGUUUAUCUCGAAUUCUUGCUUGAGACUAACUCCAUCUGCUAUCAGUUACAGCUUAAGCGUGACACCGAAAGACUAGUUAAUGAACUGAUAAAUCACGCCCAACAUGCAGAAAACAAACUAGCUAUAGAAGAAAGAACAAAUGUUCUGUUGCAGAGUUCUAAUCAGAUUCAUGAUUCACUGAAUGCAGUUGAUAUUCGAAUUAUAAUGUAUCAAACAACUCAAAGUUUAGAAGGUCAUAUGCACGGUUUAAUUGGGCACUCGCAGACAGUUUACAAGCAAGCUGUAGAUAUUGCAGCUUCGCAAAAAGAGCUGCGAAAUGGUCAGGCAAUGAUGAAUGAUCAACUCAAGGAAGGAUUAGCAAUGCUUGAUGGUGCUAACAAAAAUUUGGUGCAUGAAGUAGAUAACUUGAGAAAUGAAGCUAUUUCAAUAGAGAAUGAGAUAAGCAGAGUUGGAAAUGCAAUGUCUUCAAGCAUAAACAAUCUGCAAAGAACAGCAGACGACAUUGGAAAUAUGGCAGGGAUUUCUCUAGAUAAGCAACAACAAGUUCUAGAGGGGCAGUCAACAGCACUAGAGGGUCUUCGAUCUCUGACUAGAUUUCAAUCUGAAGCACUAGAAGAGAGCAGGAAUGCUCUGCAGCAGUUAGCUGAAUAUGGACAAAAACAACGGGAAGAGCUCCUUGAACGUCAAGAACGGUUUCAACAAGUCCACGAUCACUUGGUUGAAAGUUCCAAGUCAAUGUUGGCAGCUCAGGAGGCUUUCGCAUCAAAGCAAGCAAGCAUGUUCAUGGCUCUAGAUAAGCUACAUGCCCUGCACAAUGCCAUGCUGUUUGAAUCAAGAUUAAUAAAAACAUUCUUAGUCUACUCUCUAUCGAUCUUUAUUAUCUACAUGUUCACUAGCACAAAACAAACUUAUACUGUGAGACCCAGGCUAUAUAUUGGACUAUGUGCAACAUUCUUGGUAGAAGUCGCCAUUCUUCGCUUCACAACUAAUGAUAUUGAACAGAAAACGUGGAUGGUAAAUGUGGUUAGGUCACUAUUUGUGAUUAUUGCUUCUAUUCAGCUUCUACAUGCCAUUUUCACAUACAGGGACUAUGAAUUUUUGAACCAUCAGAUGUUAUUAACAUUAAUGGAGAAAGUUAAUAACAUUCAAAGCAACAAAGCGUUGUCAUGGGAAACGGAUAGUGAUGAUGAGGAUUGGUCUUCUUGGAUAGAUGCUGAGUUACCAGAGGAUGUAGACAAACUUGAAGAUCCUGACUAUAUAAUUCAAGAAAAAGUAGUAGAGAAUUUAAUCACAACCUCUUCGAACACAAGAAAAUAUAAUCUCCGCCACCGUUAAAUGCUGAAAGCUUACUUCAAAUUCAAAAUUGUAUUCUUUUCCAAGAAUUAAAUUGUCUUCAUUUAUUCAAUACUAACUGCUCCUUGAUUACCUAUGUACAGAAUGGUGAGUAGAUGCCAAAAGUUGUCACACAGUAGAAACU